AUCCUGCUUCUAAUCCUCUAAAGUGGAUUUUCGUUUCGCAGUAAUACAAAAAUUUUGCGACUACAUUUAUCAGCCAUUUCAUUAUCGUACAUACCUGUUGAAUUUUUAAUCAGAACAAGGUAAUGAUCUCUAACGAACGAUAUUAUGUAAGUUACAUAAUUUUUGCAUAAUGCAUAUAUAAAUAGACUUGGUGGCUGCAUGCGGUGUAACAAACCGGAAGGAUGUUAAAAUACAUUUUAAUCGCGAUUGCUGUACUCGAAGAGCAUAUAUUGACAUCCUUGAAGGAGCAUGUUUAAAUUAAGUAAAAAUCAAGCAUUUAAAUGCCGCCGGGUACCUUUGCCCCGGUUGCAUAAUCAUAAUAAUUCAAACGAAGUGGACAGUGAUUCUCAACGCGCAACUUUUGAACUAUUUUCUUGUAUACAAUUUCUUCCACCGAAAAUAAUCAAUUUAAUGUACUGAUGUAUGAACUAUUGUUACAUGUAACAAAUAGACUUAUGAAUAAUAAAUGUGCACACUGGCUGGGAUCAAUAAGAGCGUAUCUCACACAAUAAGCUUAUAUGUGUAUUUUUCUCAUAAAUCCUCGGUAUCAAGCUUUGCGUUCACUAACGUUACUUAACAGGAAAAUGAAACUUUCCUCAUAUUACUCAACGUCGAGUCGAUCAAUCUAACAAUACAGUGGGCCUUGAGGAACGGAGGAAAGUUCAUUUGUACUUUUUAAAUCGUGGCUGAAAGCGAUAGGUAGCUAUUGUUUCCUGUCUCAGCCUGGCGGGUAACUCUCCCCACGUGUUUUGCACACGCGUCGUGCUCGUAUCUACGUUUCACCGACUCGGCUAAACUCUUUUGUACGAUACUGUAUCGAAACCUAUUAAACGACGCGACGGUUGUGCCGGGAAAGCUCAACGGCUCAAGGGUGAUCCAUUGUGGCGUGAGACGCUGUUCGAGCAAGUCGGACCGGAGGACGCGUCGCCAAUCUCCCGAGAACAGUAGUAUGGCAGAAGCUACUUUAAGAUGGGAGGAUUACCUAGUCAUAGCAGCCACAUUAUGCAUAAGUAUAGGUAUAGGAAUCUACUACAGGUUCAGCGGUGGACGACAGAAGACCAUAGAGGAAUAUUUCAUCGCGAGCAGAUCGAUGAGCGUCGUACCCGUGGCUGUCGCACUGGUAGUCUCAUUUAUGUCUGCGAUAACAUUGUUAGGAGUUUCCGCAGAAAAUUACACGUACGGAACACAGUUCGUCGUGAUUAACUUAUCGUAUUUGAUAGGAACGCCAAUUGUUUGUUAUGGAUUUUUACCAGUAUUCUUUAAACUUCAAGCAACGAGCGCUUAUGAGAAUCCGAAAAGUUUAUAUAUCUUAGAANAUACUUGGUGGUCGCUCACUUUAGGCGGCCUUUGCACUUUUCUCUCUCUGUACGGAGUGAAUCAGGUCCAAGUCCAGCGUUUAUUGACAGUCAAAGAUCUGAAAGCGGCACAGAGAUCGCUUUGGAUAGCGUGGCCGGUGCUAACGGUACUUUCGAUCACUACUUGCUUCUCCGGAUUAGCGAUAUACAGCAAGUACCACGACUGCGAUCCGUUGCUACAGAAGAGAAUAUCGUUACCCGAUAUGCUGAUGCCGCUCUACGUUAUGGACACCAUGUCUAAAAUGCCCGGUCUGCCUGGCCUCUUCAUAGCCGGCAUAUUCAGCGCUGGCCUCAGCACUAUAUCAGCCGCAUUGAAUUCCUUGGCCGCGGUAACAUUAGAAGAUUACUUGAAACCCGUGUAUAAAAAGUGCAGCGGCAAGGAUUUCACGUUGCCUAUGUCGUCAGCGAUUGCCAAAUUCCUAGCGUUUUUCUAUGGAAUUAUAUCUAUCGCUGUGGCUUUUCUGGCUCACCUUCUAGGCGGCGUUUUACAGGCUGGUCUCACGAUAUUCGGAGUCGUGGGUGGUCCUCUUCUCGGCCUGUUCACUCUUGGAAUGUGCACGGAAACGGCGUCAGAAGGUGGUUCCGUGACCGCGGCUACCGUCUCCCUAGCAUUCCUGUUCUGGAUGGCCUUUGGGCAACCCAGACCUAUCGAGCCGAAAUUGCCAAUGAGCACUAUUGCUUGCCCAAACGCGACUCUCUUGCCAACUCCGGAACCGGUUGACAGUUCCUCUUAUUUCUAUUUGUAUCGGAUUUCGUACAUGUGGUACGGUCCGAUCGGUUUUGUAUUGACUGUCGCCAUCGGAUUGCUGCUCAGUGUCUUACUGAAUCAACUGUACAGGAAGCAGAAGGUCGAGUUGGACCAUAAUCUAUUCUUCCCUGUGAUUGGGAGGCGUAUUCGCCGUCGACAAGGUCAAACCGACAACUCCAACGAAGACGAGUUACAUAAAUGUCGAGCGAACAAAUACGUUUUCUCUAUAAACGCGCCAAACACACCAGGAACCCUGGACGAAGUGACCAAAGUUUAACACAGGGCGUUUGUAUUAUUUGCGUUUGUUUCUUGUUAAAUGGCGCGCGUUUAUUAGAGGUAACAGUACUUAAGGAUCGGAAAAAUGUUGUAUAUCAAAGUCCUAAUGGUUGGCAGCUUAGUUCUAUUUAAUUGCAAAGAACGAAGAUCUUUAAAGAGGAUUGCGUAGACUGCGGAUUUUAUGUGUAAUAAAUGCACACAGUAGACUUGAUUCAAAAUAUCAAUAGUAAAUUACAUAUCAUGAAAUUCUAAGGAAUUUAUUGAUACCCGCAGUCUAAGUAUAGAUCAGAAUUUGAAUGAUGACGAAUGAUACGAAUUUUCUUAAUGUAUGCGCGUGUCUCCGAAUUUAAUAGUUAUUAACUAUCAUUUUUUAAAUCUUCAAACAUUCCGUACUUAAUUUUUCCCGAGCCGAAUGGCCUUUCGAAUCAAAUUCGAAAUUUUAUCUUUUUCUUGUACUUGUUGGUGCUCUGGAAAUUUUUAUUGUUGCGAACACUCGAAAUAUUUAUGAGAGGAUAUAAUAUGGUGCUAAACUUUAAUUUUAUCAUUUCGUUUUAUUGUCAGUCGAACGUCUUCCAUGUGUGUAUCGUUCCUAUACUGCCAUUUUCUACGUAUGUUUUGUACGAUUUAGCGGAACAGUAGAGGCACAGAUCUCAGCACACUAUUUCUUUGCCUAACAUAUCCAUAAUAAAAGCGAGGAUUGUUACGCGAUAUUACAGAAUAUUGUACAAACUAUUUGAUAGAGAUAUAUUUUUGUGAAAGACUAAACACUAUAUCUUGUUUGUAAUCAACAAAAUUACACCCAAUCUAGAAAUAAAAACAUUUUUAUCUUGUUAAUGAAAAGCAGCAAUGCGUGCCUUGCAAUAGAAAAAGAUAUUUAAAUAAAAAUGAUUAUAGGAUUGUUGGAACAUACGUUGUUAGUGUACAAUUUGCGAUAAGUACAGGAUUUUAAGCGACGUAGGAACAUGUUGGUCAUAGUUUAUUUGUUAUUUUACUGUAGUAUUUUUUUUGUUAUUUGUUGUAGUACUUGUAGUUUUAUUUACUUAGCUAAGCUACGUGAUAAGAAGCGCAGGACAAUAUUUAGGCCUAAUAAAAUAAUGUUUGUUUGAUGUACAGAUAAUAAUGCGGUCAAUAAAACAGACUACGUGUGUGAAAGCAAACGA